CAUGAAAAUUGAAAUUGAUGAUGCCUGGGCUGAAAACGAACUAGAAAAACAACUGAGAUGUUUGACUCCCAUUGAUGAUUUGGAGGAGGCUGAGUAUAAGCUAAAUCAGUUAAAAUCUUACAAAGGAGAUGAAAACUUAGUUUCAGACACACAAGAGAAUUUCGAACUUCCCACAGAGGAUUCGCUUCCUGACUCAGCUGAAUUAUUCUUGUCCCUCAUACAGCACGCCAGUCAAGCUGUCGAGCAAGAACUGCAAGAGUGCCAAACUCUUGUUGACAAACAGAUAGAACAGUAUACAAUCAAAACAGAAUCGGAUGAAAAUGAAGAUGAGUGGGAGGAAGAGUUUAUACUGAAUAACGCUACUGACAUAAUUGAGCAACCUUUCUCUUCCAAUGAAGAUAGCUCAAGUUCAGAGCAUAAAUAUGCCGAACCCAACUUAAAGACUUACCAUGACCAACUCAAACUGCAAUCUGACCUUCCUAUGUAUAAGUAUGCUGAAGUUACAGUCUCAAGGCAAGCGGAACUUGAUGAACAGAGAAAAGCAGAGCUUGAAGCGGAAGCGGAACGAAAAACAAAAGAGGAAGAAAAAAACAGACGAUUAGAGAAUGACAGGAAGAGGCUUGAAGCUUUGCAGCAGGAGGAGUUAAAAAAGAUAGAGAACGAAAUGAGGCUAGCGGAGGAGACUUUACAAAAAGAGUUGCAAGAACACGAACUGAAAAUAAAACAACUAAAUGAGCAGCUUCUUAUUGAAAAGAAACUGCAUGAGGAUGAAGUGAAAAGGUUGGAAGAAGAAAAGCAGAGGAAGAGGAAUUUAUCUGCCGCCAAGAUUCAAGCUCAUUUUAGAGGCAUGAGGACGAGAAAGGAACACGGAGCAGAGCUUGACAGAAGAAUAGCACAGAAAAAAGAAGAACUGAUGGAAGAGCAGUUAAAAUACUACGAAGAACUGAUCAGAAAAGAAAAGGAGGCCGUGGAAGCAGAACUUGAACAGAGGAAAGCGGACGAGGAAAAAAGGAAGAAGGAGGAGCAAAGGACGGAGGAAAUUAGAAUAAGACACUUGGAGAAAAUAAGGAAGAAAGAGGUAGAAGAAACGAAGAUGAAGUUGGAAUUUGAUGAGAAAGAAAGAGCUAGGAUAAAGGAAGAGGAAGAGCGAUCAAAUCUCAUGUCAGCACAAGUUUUACAUUGGUUAAAGGAAAAUGAGACCGACAGCAGUGGGAGCCCACUCGAAAAUGUGUCAGUGGUUAAAAAAACAGAAGAGGUUGAAAUCGUUCAGACGAAGGCCAAAGACACAAGCUCGUCCAGUGAAUGUGCUAGCGAAGCCAUUAGCAAUAUGUUUGUUGGUGAAUUUAAAGAAGAGCGGGAAACCCUCAGGAAAGACGCUGAUGUCUCUAGUGCUAAUAACAAUCUAACAAGAGAUUCAAAUCAAAACUCACCUUCGGAUCAGAACAAUAUGAAUAAAAUCCAGAAAGUCGAUAAUUUCAAUGCCAAUCAGAGCGCUGUGCUCGAUAACAAAGUAACGACCACACUUCCAGAGAAUGAUAAUGAUAGAAAGAGUAAGUCAUCUUUCCUUGGUAACAUCGCCACCAAGGCAAAGAAUUUCUUUAAAUCCUCGUCCAAUGAGUUGUCCGCUGAUACUAGGAAGGAGAUAGGAAAUGAAAACUCCGAUCAAUAUGGUAAAGUGAUUGUAUGUUCUACACGCUCAAUCGAGGAUGAAAAGAUUUUAAAGGAAGAAAAGAAAAGUGUUUCAGCUGAAACGCUUGCAACAUCUGCAACAAAUGCAACAGGAUCUGCUCAAAUUAAAGAUGGUUCCCCUCGCAUUGGAAAUGAGACUGUCUUGCCGAAUCUACUGAUGGGUCAAAAUGUUUUGAACCAAGACGAAUCUUUGUUAGACUUAAAGUUCUCUUCAGAUGCUUCACCUGAUCCAGAGUUCCUUCCUCCAAGGCAAACCCAAAUUCCACCACCUGAACUAGUCCAAGAACUGCUUCCAUCAGACAAACCUACUUCAAAAUCAAUAGUUCAUGAAACCAAGGAAUCUGUAUCUGGGCUUUUGAGGGGACAAGGAUCAGUCAAAUCACCCAGUCCACACAAUCCCCAUUACAAAACAAACCCACUAUCUUACAGUAUAGACAUGUCCCUGACUCCACACCCUCCGGUACCGAGAGUCACUGCCUCGCUUGACCUCAGUAAACCUCGUACUGAGGCCACCAUAACUAACCUUACCAAAGCUAGUCCCCAGGCUGCGAAGGCUGAGUACCGUCGCAAGCGCAAGCUACGUGAUGAUGUAACACUCGCUAGACAAAUAUCCGAUGUUUCCCGGAGUACAACUCCUUUACAAAACAAAACAAACCGAGUAACACAAAUAAACUGGGAUUUCUUUGUCAACGAAUUUAAAGACAAAUACAGAGAGUGGAGAGAAAUGAGUUUGGCAUGGAACGAGCACCCACACCCACCAUCCACCGCAAGUUCCAACAGACACACUUCCACCACGCACCCCCAAAUAGAGCCUAGGAUCGUGGAAAACAGGUGCUUGGUUGAGAACUACGCGCGCACUGCGCUCAUAAACCCAGCGUGUACUGAGGUUUACAUGAGGAACUGUAAUAACUGUGAGGUUACUAUGGAUCAGGGAUGUGGGAUUGUAAAGCUGCUGUCUUUACAACACUGUGAUGGGUGUCUCCUCAAUAUUGUUAACAGUCAGAUAAGGUGUUUAGAUGUAACCGAGAGUGGGUUAUCUCAGCUAGGCAAGGUUCCGGGAGGGUUAGCUAUGUUGGACCUCAGCAGGAACUCCAUAUCAAGACUCAGCCCUGUUUCCUGUUCUAAUCUUGUAAACUUGACGUUGUCGCACAACUGUCUGGUUUCCACUAGAGGACUACAAUAUCUCCCUAACCUAGUGUAUCUGGACCUCUCCUACAAUAACUUAUCUAACGUACAGCAUCUAGACAAAUGUGGGUUGUUACAAUACCUGAACCUGUCCCACAAUCAGCUGGUAAAUGUACCGAGUCUCAAGAACAACAUUCUCCUCACCUCCCUCGACCUCUCUGCUAACGGUUUAACUUCGUUAGACGAGCUAUCUGAGUCGUGGUUACCGUGUCUUCAGAAACUGAAACUUGUAGCUAACGGACUCUCUAGUUUACCAGUGCUCUACAAGAUAUGUCCUUUGUUGCGGUGGCUGGAUGUAUCUAAUAACAUGCUGUUUGAUACCCCGGAGUUUACGGGAAGUUUACAGUUCUGCCAGCUGAGAGAGGCAGUGUGUGACGGUACCGAGCUUAGCCAGGAUAUCGUUAAUGAUUACGUUGAGUCAAUUAAAACCUCACCGGUACCCGAGUCGGUGUUAGUACAAUCCUUCUUGAGAAUUCAGGAACAAUUAGGACUACAAUCCCUGGUGGAUUCUACUACCAUGAUAUUGGACAAGUGCGAGUACGUCACAGAGCGGCAGGAACAAGCCAAGAAGCUCCGACAUCACAUAGUUAGCAACACGCUGGUUGACAUCAGCCCAUCUGCUGAUACAACUGUUGAAACUAAACGAGAAGAGAAACGAAAAGAGAAACAUGAAGAGACACGAGAAGAGAAACGAGAAGAGAAACGAGAAGAGAAACAAGAAGAGAAACAUGAAGAGAAACAUGAGGAGAAACAUGAAGAUACACAGAAGAAGAUACGGAAAGAGGCAGUGACGGAAGAUUUUAACAGUAGUCAAGAAAAGAUACAAAAACCUCGGUGUGAUAGUGGAACUAAAAAACAGCGUGAUAUGCCAUCUCCAGCUUCCACCAUUGUCCCUAUGGAUACUUUCCACAACGAUGAUAUAAAGUCACGUGAUAAUAUAAUGACGUCACGUGAUAAUAUGAUGACGUCACGUGAUACUUCAAUAUUAAAGUUACAAUCUCUGUUGCGCGGCUUUAAGUCCAGACUCAGAUACAGGAACAUGGUGGAACAGAGCAGGAUGGAGGUGGUAAAGGAGUAUGAGGGGAUGGUGGUUGCUGCACGUGUCAUUCAGAGCGUUUGGCGCGGGUACUGUGUUAGGAACAUGUUAUGGCAGUGGUUGCCAUGGUUACAUCGCAGACAAGAAAUAUUAGUGGUUAAGCACAAGUCUGCUGUUAAGAUACAGUCUGUCUACAGGGGGUAUUUGUUGAGAAAACGUCUGAAUGAGGUUCUCACUCAAGCUGUAUACGAUCUGUCAGACUGUGAAGAUCUAGACGAGAUAGGAUCUCUAGACUUCGACGAGUCAGAAUGUGACAGAGGGUGGGGUCUACCCCCCACACCAGCCCCCUCCUCACUCCAACACCACAUUCCUCUCCCUCCAUCCCGCUCCUCUUCCCUCGCCUCCACCAUACCCCAGCGCAGCAUCACGGACAUGUCCCAGGGUCCUGUUCCACUGCUUCCACUCAACAAACUCAGGUCACGUGAGACAUCACGUGCCAAUUCCUUGAGGUCAGUUUCUGAUAUCAGUGUGUUAUCUCUCCCUCCAUCUCGGCAUGUUACACCUUCUAAACGGCACGUUGCCAUGGCAGCUGAGUGGGGUUUUUCCAACCAGGAAACGGCCCAGAAACUGGCACAGAGAUCCAAGAAGUUUGGGAAACACAUUUCUGAGAAGAGGAAACGUGAGUUGGUGAGAACGAAGAUUCUAGAAGGUUCAAAGAGAGUUCCUCUAGUCCAGAGUCCACCUCCUCCCACUGCUGGUAGUGCCAUGUCAAGUGAUUCUGUUCUUUAUCAGUGGGAUGAUGAGCCACUCCAGCAUUCCAAGCAUAACUCUCCGCACGGUAAACAAGCUUUGCAUACUCAGAUCUACAGGAACCCUAAGUUUAGCGAGCCUGCCGGCAAUGUUAAACUACCUCCUUUAGCUAAGAAACCAAAUAGGCCGAACUUUUCGGCCUUCAGAUAAUAAGAUUACAUUUCGCACGUGUUUCCUUAUUUUGUAAUAACUGAAGGUUAGAUUUUUUAUCACAUAAACGAAGAAUUCGUUGUAAAUAUUUCUGUAUAAAGUUAUAAAUAUAAAUUAUACAUCAUAAUCGUAUAUGUAAUCAUUAUCCUUAUUUUUGUCAGAACUUAUUGUUCAUGUUUGAACUUUGAAGUCUUUGUCAAUUUUGCUCGGAAAUUUUCAUCGUGGUUUGAGGAAUAGAAUUACUUAUUUCAGUGAUAAAGUUAUUUUUCAACAAAUUCUUGUUUUGUUUCUUGGACAUCAAUCAGUUUACAGUAUUGUUAUUAACAAGAGUUUUCAUAU